UCCCGAAAUGAACAAAAGUAGUUGUUAUUAGCUUCAUAAGAUGUAUUUCUCAAGUAUGUGUUUUGCUCACAUUUGAAGACUAUAUGAUCAUUAGCUUGGGUCGUGUGUGAGCGAUACCAGAAAUAAAGCAAGGAAUUAUUUACUGCUAAAAUUUAGCUGCAGUGACUGCGGCUUGUGAAGUUAUCUGCAUUUUUUCGAGAAGGAACACUUAACCCACAGCUCAUGGACCUCACACGUGGCUUCCAUACAUCGAUAAACAGAAUUACAUGAGACCUACAAUGCUCUAACUUACCCAGUUUAAACAAUAUGCAAGUUCACAUGAGAGAACAUAGUUGCAUUACAUGUCAGAUCCGCGCAAAGAAAUGUAGGGUUUACGGGCACCGUACACUUGAAUCGUUUGCGUUGAAGAUGUCAAGAUGGGGAUCGAGUUCACUUUUAUGUACACCUAAGCCGGCUGUCAGCAAGAAACGAGGAGCCGAGUCGUUUGGAACUGCUGAUAAUCGUAUUAAAAAAGUUAAAAAGCUUUCAGAAGAUGGGACAUGGUGUGAACGUUUUGAACCCCACAGUAGAGAUGAGUUGGCAGUACAUAAGAAGAAAAUCGAUGAGGUCAAUGAGUGGCUGAAACACAACACUUUAGUUUCCGAAUUGAAGAAAAACUCUGGUAAAGCGCCGAUUUUAUUAAUUUUGGGUCCCACGGGUAGUGGUAAGUCAGUUACCCUCAAAAUUCUUGCAAAGGAGAAUGGAGUGCACGUAAAAGAAUGGAUGCACCCCUUGACGGUAGGAGCCAGCGGAUACGUUGAGGAUGGAUGGAAAUACGUAAGUUGGGAUGAAGCGCCGAGGGAGAAAAUUAUUGAUAACUUAACUGAAUUCCUUUUCCAAGGAAGCAGGUAUAAAUCUCUGUUUGAGGAGGAUUCCCGUAGAAUUAUUGUUCUCGAAGAUAUUCCUUCAGCGUUUCUUAAGCACACCGAGGACUUCCAUGACUGUUUAAGAAAAUAUAGAAGGUUUGGUCGUUGUUCUCUCGUGAUUCUCCUCUGUGAAACUCCGUCCUCGCGAGAAUUUAAGCUUUUUCCGCCGGAAUUAAAAACUGAACUGGGUAUACGUUGCAUCUCAUUCAACCCUGUUGCAACUACAUUGCUAAGAAAAGCUAUAAAAGGCAUUAUCCAUCAGGCUUAUUUGGCGUUCGGAACGGCUUUUCGCCAUCUCGCUGAAGCAGAAGUAGACUCAGUAAUACAGCAUUGCGAUGGAGACUUGCGCAUGGCAGUUAAUCUUUUGCAAAUAGCUAGCAUGCGAGACUCCAAAAUCGUCACGAAUUUCGAUUGUAAAAAAAAGAAGAAAGAGCAGAAAAAUAAUAAAGAGGAAAAAGGGGGAGAUACACGGAAGGAUAGUUCAUUGUAUCUCUUUCAUUCGUUGGGCAAGAUCUUAUAUGCAAAGCGCGAAGAUAACGUUGUACAUGAGUUGGCCGCUCAUUUAAAAUGUUAUGAAAAGCCUCCAUUGAAAGAAAACCCAGAAGCGGUGUUCGAUCGAACCUGUGUAUCACAGGAUCUCUUCAUAAGGAUGCUGCAUAACAAUGCCUCAAAUGUUUAUGCUAGCAUCGACUCUGCAGCUAAUUGUCUUGAGUGGUUCUCCCUUGGAGAUUAUUUUGGCUCUGUAUGGGAUCCCACAGGAUGCAUGAAUUCAUUCGGAUUGUCUACAACUUUACGGGGCCUAAUGUACCAUUUAGAAAAACCAAAAGAAAAAACUUACUUUGGCACGUUUAAGAAGCCGAUAUUGGAUCGCAAGAAGGUCGAAAAUCGUUUAGAUGAAGUGCGUCACCAAUUCCUCAUCCAAGGAGCCUCGGUGGAUGUUUUAGUUAGCGAUAUAUUGCCAUACAUGUUCAAGAUAAAACCUAAAAACUUGUCCCAGGAACAAUGGAAAGUUAUUAAUGACUGUGUUUUUGUUAGGAAGGCAAUGUUUUCUUCACAGCCAGCGGAGAGAAGUUUUAGUGAAAAAUUUGUUCCAGAGGAGGACGAAGCAGAUGAAGAUGCGGUAUCAAAUAUACCUGAAAAAAAGGAGAUUGUCAUGGAGCUGGUCCCACCGGACGAAAUUGAAAUUGAAGAGAUUGAUUCCGAUUAAAACAUUUUUUCAUAUCUGGGUAAAUCGUAUCUUACAUCGUAGCUUAAGACUUCCAACAUUCAUAAAAGAUCAAAGACACCUAUCUAAACGGUUCGGAUAGACUUGUCGAACCAAAAAGUGUGUGAUGCCUCGAGUAUUCCUUGUUUUUUGUACAGUUCAAAAUA